AUGGAUUAUUUUGAGUAUAUUUUGCAGACCUUCUGUGGUGUUGAUGACCAGUUUGUCCCCAAGCUUGGGAUGACUUUUAACACUCUUGAAGAUGUUGCAAAAUUCUACAAGGAUUAUUCGAAGGUUGCAGAUUUUUCUACAAGAGUUCGAAGCACAAAUAAGAAGGGAAAUCAAACUAAGAAUCAAUUGAUUACAUGUAGCAGAGAGAGAAAAUGGAAAUCGAAAAUAUCUCCAACCGAGAAGACAAAUCCCUCAGCUAGUUUAAAUUGUCCUGCAAGAAUUUAUAUACACGUAUUAAAGGAUGUUGGUGUUUGGAUCAUUUCGAAGGUCAUGUUGCAUCAUUCACAUCCUUACUAUCCAGAUCAAGCACAGAUGCUCAAACAGCACAGGGAACUAAGCAUGUCUGUGCAUCGUACAAUAGAGAAUAACGAGGAAGCCGGUAUCAGACCUAGCAAAACUUUCCAAUCAUUUGUUGCAGCAGCCGGGGGUCUCCACGAGUUAAAUUUUAUCGAAAAAGACGUGAGGAAUUACAUCAUUGGAGAAGUGCGGAAUGUUUCAGAACAAGAGGAUGCAAAAGAAUUCGGGAAAUACUUAUUAAGAACGAAAGAGAAGAAUCAGAAUUUCUUUUUCGAGCUUGAACUCGAGGACAAUCAGUCUAUUAGGCUUGAUUUUUGGGCGGAUGCAAGGAGUAGAGCUGCCUGUGAGUAUUUCGGAGAUAUUAUUUCAUUUAACACCACCUACAAUACAAACAGGUAUAAUCUGGUUUGUGGUUCUUUUGUCGGGGUGAAUCACCAUGAUCAGUCAACACUUCUUCGAUGCACUUUGAUGAAAAACAAAUAUAUUGAAUCAUUCAAAUGGUUAUUUCAAUGUUGGAUUCGUUGCAUGGGAGAAAAUGCUCCGAAAGGGAUUCUCACCGAUCAAUGUGCAUCAAUGCAAAGGGCUAUCAAGGCUUGUAUGCCCACAACAAUUCACCGUUGGUGUAUUUGGCAUAUCAUGAAGAAGAUUCUAGUUAAAUUAAAUGGCUACAAGGGACACAUAAAAAUCGAACAAGAAAUGAGCCAUGUUGUUUAG